ACUUCACAGAAGUGUCGUGAAUGCUGAGCUUUAAUCACUCGAUUUUGGCCGGCUUUGUUUUAAAGUAAUUUUAUUAAGGACUUGACUAUUACCAAAAUAGCAUCCACGAACAGCAUGAAUAUUUAUCUAAUAAAAAUAGUUAGUAAGGGGAGAAUGGCUGGGAUUUCUUCUCUUAUUAACUGUACUUUUUGGGAUUAGAACAGACUUUAGACAAAUUAUUUGGACAGCUCUGUUGUGUAUUUGCAUAUGAGACUUUUUAACAUGUUCCUCAGAGCUGACACAUGAUGACACCUGAGUUUGCCUGCUUUAAGAGUCAUGUGUCCUGUUAAACUUUGCUAUCAUGUGACUCCGUGGCACACUAAACAAAAAUGAAAUCAUUCCGAAACUAAGAUUAUCAGUUGUGUGGAGUUUCGCAUGUACACCCAGUGUCCAUGUGGGUUUCCUCAGGGCUCUCUGGUUUCCUCCUUCUGUCAGAAAACAUGGCAGUAAAAACAUGGAUUGGCUAAGAUAAAUCGCGUCUAGGUGAGAAUGAGUGUGCAGAGUGAUGCCCUGCAAUGGACUCGCGCCUCAUCCACUGUUUAUUCCUGUUAAACGCUCAGAGUUGCUGGGAUGGUCCCUGACUCUUACUGAUAGUGAGUGAGAGAGUGAGUGAUUUGUAUAUAUUGGUCUUUUUUUUGUGUGUGUAAUUUAUUAUUUUUUUGGCAUACUGUCUUCUUUUUCAGCGAGACCAUGCCUUGUUGAUUCACAGUCUUGCUCAAGCACUUGUUUCAUUAAGUAACAGAAGUCACUACUAGACUUCUAUACAAAUCUUGUCAUUUAAAAACUUGUUUGUGGGAAUAACAUGAUUCCAGAUAACUGCUCAUCUUUGUUCUAAAUACUUUUUGCUAGGUUUGUGGAACGCUGCCAAAGCUACACAGCGACGAGGGCUUGUCCUGAAGUUAUUGCACAACUGUUUUAAUAACUUGUCAUUAAAGAUUUACUAUUGGGCUCCAACACUAAAACUUUUGUUUUUUUUAAAGCACAAAUGGAAAAAUGAAAAGAAGUUGCUGUUCGUCAGUAUUUUAUCAGUAUAAAUGUUAUGCUUGUGUUCUGCCAUGCUUGACUUUAGGAGAUCAAGAUGUCCUACUGUUGAUCAAGGGCCAGACUUUGAUCUGUUUGUGGAUUGUGGUAGUCUCUCACUUGAUUCGUCAUCGACUCUGAAUCCAAAGUCCCAGACCAUGAACUACGUUGGCCAGUUGGCGGAGACGGUCUUUGUAACUGUAAAAGAGCUUUAUCGUGGACUAAACCCUGCUACACUCACCGGUGGGAUCGAUGUCAUCGUUGUGCGUCAGCCGGACGGGAGUCUUCAGUGCUCACCUUUCCAUGUGCGCUUUGGAAAGCUGGGAGUUCUUCGCUCCAAGGAGAAAGUGGUGGACAUUGAGAUCAAUGGUGAGCCAGUUGACCUGCACAUGAAACUGGGGGACAACGGGGAGGCAUUCUUUGUGGAAGAAAAUGAAAGCUUGGAGGCAAGUGUGCCAGCUCACCUUUGCACCUCACCCAUCCCCAUGGAGGCUGCAGAGGUUUCAGAAGUGAACGAGUCUCCCUCCAGCACCACCUCAUCUUUGUCUACCUGGCGCAAAAAACGGCGCAAGAAACGUACCCGCUCUGACGCACACCUUCAUGAGGAUGUUGGCUCCUCCUCAGAGGAGAGGGAGACCCCAGAACAGGAAAUCCUGAAAGAGGAGUCUGUGUUCAUGGGGAGUAAGUCUGUGUAUUACUCUCUGUCUGAGGAACCAGGUGAGGAUGUGCUUGGAGCUCAUGCCAGAGACUUGCAUCCUUACUCUGAUGUAGAGUGUUCACCUAAUGACAGUAUGUUCUAUAGUCGACCCCCCUCUCCUAAGAGUGACUCUGAACUGUUGGUGAAGGCUCAGGAAUCAUCAGGGCCUCAGAUGCAGUGGAAUUGGGGUGGAUUUCCAAAGGUGUGUCCAUCUGAGCGAGGGAGCACAGAGUGGCUAUGCAGCCCUUCCUGUCUCAUUAAACCCUCUGAGCGCUCCCACUUCCGCACCAUCCAACGGCAGGCCUCGUUCAACAUGGAACUUUCCGACCCCUUGACCUCUGUAACUGUAUUGAAACCAGAACCUUGGAUUCCUGAAACGCAGCCAUGUCACUCGGAAAACCUCCCUAGAGUUUCCCACUCUACCCCAAAUACAGAAGCUUCCUCGCCCACUCACCAGGCUUCCCCACUCACACCGCCCCACAUGGAGCCUGCAGAGGGCUCUGAGCAACAGAACACUUCAGAACUGGAGGCUCGGAGUGGCCUGAAUGAUUAUAUAGCUAACACAGUUAGCACAUGUGGCACAGACUAUGAUGCAAGAACUGCAAAUCGAGAUAACACAGAUAACACCACAAGACCUACUAAUGCUGAUAGGGUAGUCAGAGUUAUUAAUGACUUUAGUACAAAGACUGCCAUCUUGGUUUGCUCUGAAUUCCAUGCAAGCUCUGUUAAUGUAUCUCAUACAGCUGACUCAGUUAGCAUGGCUCAGUCAGAAAUAUUUGAUACCUCUGCUGAAAAAAUCUGUGCUUUUACUGAGACAGCCCAGCUCACAACAGCAGAAAAGAGAGCUUUGGUAGAGAGAGACAGUGUUAUUGAAGCAUUGACAGAACGAUUUGCAGAGGAGGAAGCAAAGGUGGCCCAGGAGGGUAACACCACAGUGGCCCAACAAACCAAUCAGGAAGCAACGAGUGUUGGAGUGACGGAGAGUGUGGAAUCUGUUACAGAAUUAGAGGAGCAGCCUAGCUUCUCCCAGUCUUCAUCUAAAGUGGCAGAAUCCCAGGAAAAGAAAAAGGAAAAGCGCAGUCAGCAUUUAGGGCCAGCAGAUAUCUAUCUGGAUGAUUUGUCCAAACUCGACCCUGAGGUGGUUGCACGUUAUUUUCCCAAAAGUGAAGGUGAAUCUCCUUCCCAGUGUGAUGCUGAGCUUGGUUCAGUCCCACCCAUACAGUCUCCACAGUCAGGCCAACAGUCUCCUCAGUCUCUAAGCACUGCCAAUGUGGACAGUGGGACAGAGUAUCUAUCAGACUCCACCACUGACACUCUGGAUGUUACCAUGUCUCUCUGUGGGACUAAGGGAUACUCCAGCCAGAUCAAGAAAGAAAAGUUUGAGGAGAACAUCGUCACCUAUCAAGACUUUGCCAACAACCCUGGAAUUAUUGAUGACCCAAACCUCGUCAUCUGCAUCAACUCAAAUUAUUACAACUGGGCUGCUGCUGCUCCGAUGAUUCUGUCAAUGCAAGCAUUUCAAAAGAAUUUGCCAAAGAGUACAGUUGAGCAGCUGGUAAAAGAUAAGAUGCCUAAGAAGUCUGGUCGCUGGUGGUUUUCCUGGCGAAGGAAAGACAUGGAAAAUAAUCAGCCAAACUCAAAGCCUGACUCUGAAGAACAUCAACUCGAGGCAUCUUCUCUUCCUAUACCUCCCACAAUAAAUAUUCCCUCUGGUCAGCUGUCCAGUGAUGAUGAUGGUACUGACUCUAACAGGCAGGAAACUGUAACAGAAGGCAUGAGCACUGCACAGUGCCUGAGUCAGAUAUACCGCAAGUCCCUCCGCCUCACUUCCCAACAGAUAGAGCGACUCAAUUUGCGGGAGGGAGCUAACACUAUUGUGUUCAGUGUGACCACUCAGUACCAGGGCACUUGCCGUUGUGAAGCUGCCAUCUAUCUGUGGAACUGGGAUGAUAAAGUCAUAAUCUCAGAUAUUGAUGGAACCAUCACCAAGUCAGAUGCGCUAGGUCACAUUCUGCCACAGCUGGGCAAAGACUGGACCCACCAAGGCAUCGCCAAGCUUUACCACAAAAUACACCAGAAUGGCUACAAGUUCUUGUACUGUUCAGCUCGUGCCAUAGGCAUGGCAGACAUCACCAAGGGCUACCUGCAGUGGGUUAAUGAUAAAGGCAUUGUACUACCUAAAGGACCUGUACUACUUGCUCCCAGCAGUUUAUUCUCAGCUUUGCACAGGGAGGUUAUUGAGAAGAAGCCAGAGGUCUUUAAAAUCACAUGCUUGACUGACAUUAAAGACCUUUUCAGUCCACACAAACAACCAUUCUAUGCUGCCUUUGGCAACAGGACCAAUGAUGCAUUUGCUUAUAAGAAAGUUGGUGUACCUGAAACUCGGAUCUUCACUGUGAACCCUAAAGGGGAGCUCAUACAGGAGAACAGCAAAGGCCACAAGUCCUCGUAUUCUCACUUGAGUGAGCUGGUGGAACAUGUCUUCCCUCUCCUCUGUAAAGGCCGGCCUGCAUCCUUUGAUUACCCAGAAUUCAGUCACUUUUCUUUCUGGAGAGAGCCCUUAGUGUCACCGGACCUCUCUUCACUCUAGACUUCCACAGUUAAUUUCCAUGUCUUUCUGGUUUUGCCAUCUCUCCAGCUUCUCUUUACCUCUCUUUACUCUGACACUGAAGAACUGAAUGUAAUAAAAGCUGUAUGCCAGGUCAGCUCGAUCUUUAGCUAACUUAUACAAAGUCAAAUACUGUAUGUUACCAUAUGGUUUGGCUCACAUGCUAAAACAGCACAACAGUGCAACCUGAGCACCUCAACGUGACAGAAAGCUGUGUCCAUUAAAGCCAAAGAUGAUCAUUUGAAAGUAUUGUGAAUCUCACCACGUUCCACUACACCUUUGAGCACUAAAUCUAUGCUGUGAGCCCCGUUAAGAGAGACCCAGUUCGUAAGGAUGUGAUAAGACCAUGUCCAACUGGAAAUUUUGCUGAAUUUUUAUGCCUAUGUGAAGCAGUUUAAUUUCUGUGAGCAAGACAAUAAUGCCAAAGAUGUUUAAAACAGUAAAAUAUAUGCAGAAAGUAGUUGCUGAAAUAGUAUUGAAAAGAAAUAUGGAUUUAUUUAAUAGUGCCCAAGCUCUAAUCAUAAAUAUUUAUGUAUUUAUUUCUUUUUUUUUUUAUUCCAGUGGAGGUAAGAAAGUAUGGUGUAAAUAUUUAGGACUUAAGAGGGUACUGGGAUUUCUUACUGAAUCACUCCUGAAUAAACUAAUUCAUAUCAAAUACUUCCUCAUUUAUUCAUGGAUAUUCACCAGAACUAAAACCUUGUAAAUCAGCGAGCUUGCUGUAACAUGAAAUGACAAUAAACGUCACUAUAAACAUUAAUACUGCAUUAAAGUGGGAAAUUUAACUCCAUGUAUUAUAUACUACCGUCUAUCCACAUACGCUACUUCAACAAUCAUGUACAGUGCUGCUCAAAAGUUUUGUGAACCCUUUAGAAUUUUCUAUAUUUCUUCAUAAAUAUGACCUAAAACAUCAUUAGAUUUUCACACAAGUCCUAAAAGAUGAUGAAGAGAACUAAAGUAAACAAAUGAGACAAAAAUAUUAUACUGGGUCAUUUAUUUAUUGAGGAAAAAGAUCCAAUAUGACAUAUAUUUGAAUGGCAAAAGUAUGUGAACCUCUAGGAUUAGUUUAAUUUGAAGGUGAAAUUAGAUUAAGGUUUUUUUUGCAUCAAUGGGAUGACAAUCAGCUGUGAAUGAGCUCCCUGUUUUAUUUAAAGAACAGGGAUCUACCAAAGUUUGAUCUUCACAACACAUUUUUAUGGCAUGAACAAAGGAGAUAUCUGAGCACCUCAGAAAAAGAGUUGUUGAUGCUCAUCAGGCUGGAAAAGGUUGCAAAACCAUCUCUAAAGAGUUUGGACUCCACCAAUCCACAGUCAGACAGAUUGUGUACAACUGGAAGACAUUCAAGACCAUUAUUGCCCUCCCCUGGAGUGAUCAAUCAACAAAGAUCACUCCUAGAGCAAGUCGUGCAAUAGUCAACGAGGUCACAAAGGAGUCCGGGGUAACUUCUAAGCAACUAAAGGCCUCUCACAUUGGCUAAUGUUAAUGUUCAUGAGUCCACCAUCAUGAGAACACUGAACAACAAUAGUGUGCAUUGCAGGGUUGCAAGGAGAAAGCCAGUGCUCUCCAAAAGGAACAUUGCUGCCCGUCUGAAGUUUGCAAAAAAUCACGUGGACAAGCCGGAAGAGUAUUGGAAAAUUAUUUUGUGGACAGAUAAGAUCAAAAUAGAAUUUUUGGUUUCAAGGAGAAAUGUUAUGUUUGGAGAAAGGAAAACACUGAAUUCCAGUAUGAGAACCUUAUCUCAUCUGUGAAAUGUGGUGGUGGUGGUAGUACCAUGGUUUGGGUCUGUUUUGCUGCAUCUGGGUUAGGAGGGCUUGCCAUCAUUGAUUGAUUGCCAUCAAUAAUUAUACCAGUGAAUUCUAUAGGAAAAUGUCAGGACAUCCGUCCAUGAACUGGGUCUCAAGAGAAAGUGAGUCAUGCACCAAGUCAACGACCCUAGGCUCACAAGUCAUUCUAUCAAAGAAUGGUUAAUGAAGAAUAAAGUUAAUGUUUUGGAAGUCCUGACCUUAAUUCAAUAGAAAUGUUUUGGAAAGACCUGAAUCAAUCAGUUCAUGUGAGGAAAUCCACCAGCAUCCCAGAGUCGAAGCUGUUCUGUACUGAGGAAUGAGCUAAAAUUCCUCCAAGCCGAUGUGCAGGACUGAUCAAUACUUUCCAGAAACAUUUCUGCACAAAGGGGUCACACCAGAUACUGAAAGGAUCACCUACUUUUGCCACUCAAAGUUAUGUAAUAUUGGAUCAUUUUCCUCAAUAAAUAAAUGACCACGUGUAAUAUUUUUGUCUCAUUUGGGUUCUCUUUAUCUAUGCUUAGGACUUGUGUAAACAUCUGAUGUUUUAGGUCAUAUUUAUGCAGAUAUAUAGAAAAUUCUAAAGUCGUCACAAACUUUCAAGCGCCACUGUAAACAAUAUUUAAGACAUAAUUACCAGAGGAGCAUUUUCUUCAGAUGAAGUAGUCACAAGGCUGGUAGAUGUUUGUAGUGUGUAUUUAUUUAUUUAUUUAUUUAUUUUUUAACAUACCUUAUUUCAGGUUGGAAUGAUUGAAGUGUUAAGCAUGUUUGCUGCGUGGAUAUAAAAUGUGUAUAUACUGUAGAGUGUCAUGGAUUGUCAGAAUCACAAUACAUGUUUUCAAACUUGGGCAGACUGGAAAUGUGAACAGCAUGGAAUGACUGUUGCUGCAAAUCUUGUUCAUAGAAAAAUAAUAAAUACAAUGUUGAUUUUUAA